UGGAAGACGACCUUUAUUUAUAUAUUUUUCACUUCACACACACUACAUAUCAUUGCACCGUAGUUCUGUUUCGCUCCGUGAGGGAUAAGAUUAAGAAUACCAAAAAGCCUACUUACAUCUUUAAAGGAUAUUAUGUACGGUCAGGACGGAGGUCAAGUUGCCCAUCCUUACGGUGGUGGUGGUGGUGGUGGUGGAAAUGGCGGUUAUGUUGGCGGCCGAGGAGGAGGUGGGGGAUACGGUCCUAGUUCUAAAAAUCGCGGAGGUGCUGGAGGUUAUCAAGGAGGAGACAGUGGAAGAGGUGGUGGCCGUGGUGGAGGAGGCAGAGACGGUGGUUGGCUUUGCCCGAAUCCCAGUUGUGGGAAUUUGAACUUUACAAGAAGAGUUGAGUGUAACAAAUGCGGUGCAUCCUCUCCUGUGGGUUCUAGUGAUCGUGGUAGUAGUGGUUAUAACAGAGGUAGCACUGGGGGAUAUGGUGGUAACCGUGGAGGUAGAGGAGAUGGGGCUAGAGGUGGAUAUGAUAGUGGGAGGAAUAACAACUAUGCAGGCAGAGGUGGAAAUUAUGAUAAUAGAAGUGGUGGGUAUGGUCAUGUUCCUCCUCCAUCACCCAGUGCUUAUAGUGGCAGUGCUAGUGGAAAUUAUCCACCUGCUCCUAAUGCAUAUGAUGGGAAUACAAAUUAUGGAAUGGAUGCAGUUCCUCCUCCUGCAAGCUAUACUGGUGGACCCACAUCAUACCCACAGUCUUAUGGUGGCCCUGCAGGUGGUUAUGGUGGCGAGGGUUUGAGUGAUGUGAGAAGUGGUGGCCGGGGUGGUCAUGCUAGUGGAUAUGACAGUGGGUAUGGGCCUGGUGGUCCUUGUCAUCAGGGAGGUGGUUAUGGAGGUCAUUCUGCCGAUGCACCAUUUAAGAUCAAGCAGUGUGAUGACACCUGUGGGGAUUCUUGUGACAACACAAGAAUCUACAUAUCAAAUUUGCCGACCGAUAUUACUAUUGAAGAAUUAAGGGACCUUUUUGGCGGCAUUGGACAAGUAGGAAGAAUUAAACAGAAGCGCGGCUAUAAAGAUCAGUGGCCAUGGAAUAUUAAAAUAUACGAGGAUGAGAAAGGAAACCAGAAAGGUGAUGCAGUUUUGACAUAUGAAGAUCCUCAAGCAGCACACUCUGCUGGCAGUUCCUUUAACAAUCAUGUCAUGAGAGGCUAUACAAUUAAUGUGGCUAUGGCAGAGAAGACUGCACCUAAAGUAUAUGAUCAUGGAGGCAGGAAAGGUGGCUAUGGGGACAGGCGCAGGGAUAAUUACAGAGGUGGAGGAUCUGGGCCAGAUAGACAUCACUAUGGUGGAAACCGUUCACGCCCAUACUGAGGGAUAUUCAGCUUCAACUAUUUUAUGUACUAAGGAUUAGGAACUGAGGGAUGUAGUUGUGUUCCAUUCACUGGGUUAUUCUUGAACAGGAGACUGAGAGGUAGGUUGUUCACUUAUUUGGGCAAUACCCUUUUGUCCUUCCUCCUUUAUCUUCUAUUAGCUUGGGGGGGGGGGGUUAUGCUAAGCGUUGGAUUGAUUAGAUAUGUGAAUCUUUUUAUAGACGCAAGUGGAUCAACUUCAAAUUGCUUGCUACCAAGGUAGGUUGAUAAUUUCAGGUGGGUGCUGCUCUUUCAAAUCACAAACUUAUACCCUUUUAUUUGGGAAUAACCCCUUGGCGGGGGACUUAAUUUUGUUGUUCAUCGUUUAAUGUGGUGGAACGAUCUUGUGAAUUAUAUGCAUGCAUGGGUACCCUUUAGAGUUUAGAUUGAAAAAUGUGCUUGCUAUUAAAGACGAUGGGAUUUAGCCUCCCAUCAUAGAACUAGAUUCCAUUAGUGAGUCUCCAAGUAGUUAAGAAAAUUCAAUUUUGAUUCUGAUCCUUGUAUGGCUCCAUAUCCAUACUGUUCACAAUUCUUUAAUGUUGGCUAAUAGGUAUCUGUUUCGGCCUUGAAUUGUAGUAAAAAUGAUAAUAGUUUUAUAUGCUGAAUGCAAUUGUAUGUUGGUGUGUGUAGUGUUAUUUUUUUUUUAACUAAAUAAAUAGUUGGUUGGGCACGGUAAGUUGUCGGCAUUUGAUGAUGAUGAAUUUAUGCAUGGCGUGGCUGCUGUCACUUUCCUCAAGUAUGAGAAGAAAGUUGCAGAACAGUGGGUGGCGAGUUUCAAGAGCUUUGUUUCUUUAUGAUCUUAUUGUGGCUGGGAGUUGAACGUCACCUUCGGUUUUUCUUCCAAGGAGUAAACGUGAAUUGAAAUUCAAUCCUGACUGGUGCGCUAAUAAUUAUUUGUAACGCCCAUGGUAAUAUGGUAUAGGCAGCACCAUAGCAGAUGCUAAGAAAGAAAUACCUUGAAUGUUUCUUGAUCGAUAAUUCAUUUAAGCCCAUUCCUUGUUCCAA